AUGCAAUCAUCUGACACAGGCUUUCCUGGUGGUGUAGAAGAAUCAGAAUACAUGUCUUGAGCACACCGGUCUCAGAUACAAAAAGGACAAAGCAAAGGUCUUCGAUAUGAAAGUCACAUGCUUCAUGACCUUGUUUUGGCCAUUCUCUAUGCUGCUAUUCUUUGACAAAAGCCAGACCUCUGAGACAGAAGUCAAACGUAAUCUGACGAGAAGGAAUUAUUCCUUGAUUCCAGAUAGUAUCAGUAACAAUGUUACCAUCCUUGAUCUUAGUUAUAACCAGAUCACUCUCAAAGCUUCAGACAUCAUGGUGCUACAGAUGUAUUCUUUACUCACUGAGCUCUACUUGAUGGAGAAUAACAUUACUGUCAUAUAUAAUAAUAGCUUCAGUAAUCUCUCCAACCUACAAAUUUUAAAUAUCUGUGGAAAUGCCAUCAGUAUAAUUGAACAGGACUCAUUUGUUGGCUUAAAUGAAGUAAAAGAGUUAUAUCUUUGCCAAAACAAAAUAUUACACCUGAAUCCCAAUGUAUUUGUGCCUCUAAAUAACCUGAAAGUGCUGAAUCUGCAAGGUAACCUGAUAAGCCACUUCGCUGCACCACAACUAUUUCAUCUGGAGUUACUAACUUUGGAUGGCAAUCCAUGGAACUGCAACUGCAGUCUACUCGAGUUGCAGAACUGGCUGAACAAAUCUCAUGUGACAUUAGAAAAUGAGAACAUCACCAUGUGUAGCUACCCAGAUGACCUAAAGCACUACAGCAUCAAGUCAGCACCUUUUUCAACUGAAUGCCACUCUAAAUUUAUUACCACUAUAAGUGAAGAUCUUUAUGUUGAUUUUCAGUCUAUUAGGAAUUCAACUUCUAAUAGCUCCUUAAACAACUUAACACAGAACUCAGAACAUGAAGCUCUUGGAAAAAGCUGGGCUCUCCUUGUUGGUGUUGUCAUCACUGUACUGCUAACUUCACUGCUCAUCUUUAUUGCUGUCAAGUGUCCAGUAUGGUAUAAUAUUCUGCUUAGUUACAAUCAUCAUCGCCUGGAAGAGCAUGAAGCAGAAAUCUAUGAAAAUGAUCUUACGAGAAACCCAAGUUCUCUUUCACAAAUCACGGAUACAAACUCUGAAGACACCACAGUAAUAUUUGAACAGUUUCAUUCAUUUGUGGUAGAUGAUGAUGGGUUUAUUGAAGACAGAUAUAUAGAUAUAAAUGAGGUACAUGAAGAUAAAUAAUUUUAUCAUGUUGAAAUUUUUGAAAAAUAUUAUCAGUCUACUUAUAGCUUAGACAAAAAGAUUUUUAUUUACAAACAAAACUAUAACCAGCAGAUCUUCAUAUUAACCAGUACCUUAUAUAAAUAUCAUACAAUUAUUUUUUACUGUACGGCACAAUCAAGUCCAAAUCCAAAUGCAGUAAUCCAUAUUCUGGUUAGCUAAAAGUUGAAUAAUUUAUUUAUACCACCAGCAUUUACUAGUAUCAGGAAUAUUCAGGAAAGUACAUGGAUGAAUAUUUACUAACUAAAAUGAAACAAUUCUGGUGUUAGCAAAUACAUGUGCUGCAGGAUCUGAAAUUAUACUAAAAUUUUAAUCAAUAAAGACAUUUAGAAUUAUAUCAUCAAAGUGAGGAACAGUGAGCUCUGACUGCAUAAAUUGUUUUUAUGCUCACAAAUGAAUUCACAGAAUUGGAAAAUAGUUUUUAAUGCUGCCUGAGCCUAAAAAACAAAAUUUCCUUAAAAAUUGGUAGCAAUUUAAAGCAUAGGUACAAUAAUCCCUAAUAAUCACUACUGAUAUUGAGAGCGGUUAUUAGGAAGGGUUACACACACAAUUGCCAUGUUGAAUAUUACAAUGUUUCUCAAAUUGUUUUCUAGACCUAAAGCACUACAGCAUCAAGUCAGCACCUUUUUCAACUGAAUGCCACUCUAAAUUUAUUACCACUAUAAGUGAAGAUCUUUAUGUUGAUUUUCAGUCUAUUAGGAAUUCAACUUCUAAUAGCUCCUUAAACAACUUAACACAGAACUCAGGUAAUGUACUGGUUUUGUAUAUUAUACUAUUGCUGAAGGUGUCAUUUACAUAAAGAGAAAAACGUACCUGGUCAAAUUACCAAAAGAAUCUGAAUUUAAACAAGGUGAACUAAGAUUCUUUCCUUUACUGCUUAUAUAGAUUUUACUAAGCUGAUGUGUUCUCUGACAAUUCAGAGUAAAAUAUUGAGUUCUGAUGAGCAUUUAUAUAGCAUGUGCAAUAACCUGCAUUUUCAUUCCCCCCCACCCACGCACAGAAACUUUAAAAUUUCCUUGAUAACCAAACUCUUUCUUGGAAAUAUAGCUAAUAGGUCACAGCACAUUUCAAACCAAAGAACAUGCCCUGGAAACACUAGCUUUACAUAGGAAGGGUCUAUCUAAAGCAAAAUAUUUACCAAUUCUCUUAUAAUGGCUUGGCUGCAAAUAUAAUGUGAACCACUUACCACUUUAAAUAGUAGAAUUAAAAAUUAGCAAAAUCUGUAUUUUACCAUUCUAUAUGUGGGGAAAACUAAGUGUAUUUACCUGAACAUUUUAGAAAUAAGACUAUCUGUAAAACAUGGAACUUCACUUAUGGAUGAAAUAUGUAACAUAUUUCCUAUGAUUUUCUUCAACCACAUACGUGGAAAGGGACAGUGACUAGAACGGAAGACGGAGCACAGCUGAAAAUGUGCUGACAGGACUUACUUGGAAAUGGAGACAUGGGUAUACAAUGCUCCAAUUCCAACGUUCCAAUUUCUAAUAAACAAAGAGAUUCAAAAGAAUAUACAAGACAGGGCUGGAGAGAUGGCUCAGAGGUUAAGAGCAGUGGUCCUGACUUCAAUUCCCAGCAACCACACGGUGGCUUACAACCACCUAUAAAGAUAUCUGGUGCCCUCUUCUGGUGUGCAGGUAUGCAUGCAGGCAGAAUACAUAAUAAAUAAAUCUUUUUUUUUUUAAAGGAAUGUACGUGAUAACAUCUUACAAAAAGACUAAUAAUGUAGAACUUGUCAUAAUUCCCCAAAAUAAUCCCUUUGGAAAGUUAUAUAAAUAGUGCUGACAAAAUAGCUCAGCAGUUAAAAACUCACACACCAAAGCCUGACAACCUGAGUUAAAUCUCCAGAACCACAUGGUGUAAGGAGGGAAUCAGGUUGUCCUCUGACCUCCAUAUGUACACUAUGGUACGUGUAUGCCAAAACACAUCCAUACAUGCAUACACACACAAUAAAUAGAGUUUAAAAUUUUUAAAGCUUAUGUAAAAACUACAUUCAGUUGGAAUGUCCACAGAUGGAAAAUAAAAUAUAUCCUUUGAACCAAAAGACCAAUUUGUGUUAAUACAUAUUUUCUCAUGUUUACAGUAACUUAAAGAGUAUAAAUAUAUCUAAUCUUAUGAAUUACAAAUUGGUUUAAGUAUCAAUUUUAAAACAUAAUUACGAUAUCUUUCUCUAAAUAACCUAUCAUUCUGCUAAAAUAUCAUUUUCUACGUAGAAGAUUUCAAAAUUAAUCUUUGAGAAAUACUGUAAAAUAAAAUCAUAAAUAAACAAACAUUAGAUUACACCUGACCUCUUAUAUUCAACAGUUUAUUACUGAGUAUUUAGUAAAUAUCUGACUGAGGAGAAAUAAAUGAAUGUAAAAUUAUGACUAAUAUGUUUUUAAAGGAAACUGAUCUUGACCAAUACCAAACUAGCAGGAUAACUCAGUUAAAAUCAUAUAUUUAAUAUGUAAAUAUUGUUACAAUCACAUGCUGAGGUUAUAUCUACAACCAGCUUGUGCUAAACAGGUUUUCCAAAAUAAACAGAGAAUCAAACCAUAUGAAAUGAUGGUAAAAAUGGAAGCUUUUUCCAUAUGCUGUCUUUAUGUUGUCAUUAUGUAUGGUCGUUCUUCUUCAAAAUACAUAGAGUCAAGAUUAAGCAUAGUAACCAAAUACUUUUCAAAGCUUUUACUUUUUAUUUCUAGCAUAAAUACUUUUAAAACAUGUAACUGUAAAAUUGAUAUAUAAAAUUUGGGUAUUAGCAUAAAUUCUGACAUAAUGGAAUGGGGACAAAUGUUUUCAAUUCUUCAAAGUAUUCAGAGUUACAGCUUAUAUGUUUGCAUAUAUGAUUUUCUAAUAUUUAGAAGAGUAUCUUGUAUACAGUAAGUAAAUGGUAUAUGUUUGCUCAAUGGUUUCAAAGCAAGAGGGAAUGGAAGCAAGAAAACUUUUCAAGAAAGAUUUUGGUAUUCUUUGUAUAAGGAAGAGGCUGCCAGUUUCCCUAUAUUUAAGAAAUCUAUGUACAGCAGUAUUAAUGAUCAGUGGGGGAAUGACACUCCUUUGUUUCUAAUCAACAGAGGAAUUACGUAUCUCUACCAAAUAGUUCAUCAUUAUAUGUAAUAACCUAUUCUUCAUACAUGGGAGUGCAUUUGUUGUUAACAAAUUUCAGUAAUUUUGGUUAAAAAUUAUCCUUGCUCUCAAACAGAUUAACAGUAGUAAGCCUCUGGAAUAGAAUGGUACACGCAUGUUUGCACACCAUAGUUCAACUUUUACACUUACCUUACCAUAUGCUGCUGUAUUUAAUAUGGGUCACAACUUAUUUUUAAAAUUAUCUUAAUUCACAUUGUUAUCUUUGUAGGGAUCACUGCUACUUUUAUUAUUAAAGUCAAAGCUAGUUCGUAUUUAGUCUUUAUAAAUAAGUUAUAUAUAAAUACACAUAAGUCUAUAUACAGCAUAGAGAAUAUUAAUAUAAUUAUCAUCAAUGUCAGUAAAAGUACAAAACCUACUGACCAAUAACUCUUUCAUUAAAGUAAAACUAAAAUGUCAUAAUUCAAACUAAUUAAAAGCCUAGGAUAAAUUCUAUGAGUAGAUAUAAAGACAAAAUUCAUCUUAGAGUUUAAGUUCUUAGAAGCAGAAAUCACAUUUAUAUAAUUGGGUAGUCCUUUCUUUUCUAUAAAAUUUAGCUCCUUGGAAGUAAAUUAACAUAGCAUGAUUUGACAUUAAGAUAAACUUUGUAUUGAGAUGUUAUGGUUAAUUUAAGAAAAAACUGAUACAUGUUCUACUACAAAUAUAUACUUUAAAUGUAAGAGGUCAGUAAGAUGCCAGUUAUGGUUCUUUUUGGUUUGGUUUGUUUUUGUUUCAUUGAGACAGACAGAGUUUCUCUGUGUUACAGCUCUGGCUGUCCUGGAACUGACUUUGUAGGUCAGGCUGGCCUCAAACUCACAGAGAUCUGCUUGCUUCUGCCUCCCAAGUGCUGCAGUUAAAGAUGUGUGUGCACUAACACACCCAGCCCAGGUGUGGCUCCUGUCUGUAGUCAGCACUCAAGAGGCUGAGGCAGGAAGAUCCUUGUGAGUCUGAGGUAGUCUACACUACAAAGUAAGACAGUGCCUCAUAAGAAUCCAACACUUAGCUAAUUAAUUUAAAGAAACAAAUUAAGACAAAAAGUUAAAAUUUUAUAAAGAAAUAAAUGACUCACAAGUUAAACAACCUACCAAAACUCAUUUAAAAAUUUGAACUUACGCUUGUCUUUCAGUAAAUAUGACAUCCAUACUUUGUGUUUCUCGAUCAUUUUGAGCUUUAAGCUGUGCAAACAGUUAACAAAGAAGUUAGUCAUUAAAAAAAAGUAGUUAUCAAACCAAAGGUUACUCUGGUUAUGAGCUAAAUGAGAUUAUUGUAAUAAUGCAAAAAAGUAAAAAUUAGAAAAAAAUACAACUUUCACCUAACAAAGAAUAUUAUCAGAUAGAUUAGUCCUUUAUAUUGACAUUAUAUCACACACCAAAAUAACUCAUUUUUCUCUAGUGAUUUGUCCAAUAAUUAAAUUUAAAUUUAAUUUAUGUAAAAACCAUUUCAAAAACAUUCUAUAUGUUCAAUAAAUAUUUAAUUAGCCAUAUGCUGAAUUUAGAAUCAACAAAAUUGUGUUCUUAAAUCUUUCAUGAUUUCCUAAAUAUUCCUUGCUGACUUUAUGGGCACAGACCUGAAUCUAGACCUUCCCCCAAAUAAAUGACCAAAUACUUCUCAAAGUUUUUGGUAUUUAUUUCUAGCAAUAAAAUUCGUUUCUAGGUUUGUGAAACUAAAAAUAAUUUAGUAAAUUGUUUUAGAAUCCCAAGUUUAGAAUUCAUUUUUUAAAAUCCUGCCAGGUUGAUGUGGGGCACACCUUUAAUCCCAGCAUUUAAGAGGCAGAGGCAGGCAGAUCUCUGAGUCUGAGGCCAGUCUGGUCGACUAAGGAGGAGUUCUAAGACAGCCAGAGCUACACAGGAAAACCCUGUCUCAGAAAAAAAAAAUGCUAUUUUCACAAAAUUCUUUGAUGAUGUAAUAAAUUAUAAGCUAUAAAAUUUUGUUAUAUUUUAUCCGAAUGUUUAAAAUUAAAAUAAGUUAGAUAUUAACAUGAAUACUGAACACAAAUUCUCAUUUACCAAAGUUAGUAUUAGCUAUACCUGAUAUCAUAUCCAUUCCCUUUUCUCGUUGUUAUAAAAACUAUGAGGAGGUGCUGGAGAGAUGGCUCAGCAGUUAAGAUCACUUGCUGCUCUUCUAGAAGACUUGUGUUCACCUUCCAGCACCUCUCUGGAGGCUCACAACUGUCUCUUACUCUAGUCCUAGGCAAUUUGAUGCCUUCUUCUGGCCUCUGAGGGCACAAGGCAUAGACAUUUAUGCAGACAAAGCACCCAUACACUUUAAAUAAUUAACUAAAAAGACUAUACAAAGAUUUUUAAACAUAUUACUUCCAUUGAAUUUUAAUUCCAUUUGUAAAAAAAUUAAAACCUAAAGAAUCAAUUUUUAAAAAAAGAAGUUAUAAACAAAAAUAUUGUUAACUAAUAUAUAUCCUAGCAAUAUAGGCGGUUCUUUCCUAGUGUAAGAUCAGUGGAAACAGAGCUUUAUUGACAGAUAUUAAAACAUUUACUCCAACAGUAACAGGGAAAUAAAAGAGCAAUAAAGAUGCUGAACUAUAAUUGUGAUAAUUAUGAUAUUUAUAUCCAUUAGGUUUUAUCAAACCAUUUCUAGAUAAAUGCUUUUAUUUUAAAGGAUAUGAUUUACAUACAAUUAUUACUUAUAUUUAUAUAUUUUCUUACCAUGUUGUAAUCAUUCAUCACUUCUUCCAUUUCAGUAUUGGUAUUGAGUUUAUCUACCAACUAAAAGCAAAAAUGUAACAAAAAUCACCAUUUUGUUAGCUUUAAUGUUCUAGGUAAGUCUUAAUAUACAUAUUUAUUUUCAUAAACAGCUAGUGAUCUCAGCAUUAAUACUACCAAGUGUCUUACUUCAAGAAAAAAUAGUGAGCGACAGUGAAAAACAACAUUGAAAAACUAACCAUACUCUUCAUUCGGCCAAUAAAGUAAACUAAAUUUUUAGUGUGGAAAAGUGAGAAGUGAUGAAGGGGAAAUAAAAAAGACAAUAUAAUUUCUGUAUUUUUAUACUUCCAACUUCUUCACAAGAAACAUAAAUAUAGCUGUAUAUUAUUUGGUAUUUAAAAUAUAUUUUAAGUGGCAAGAGCAUAAAAACAAAACAUCAAAAGAAAUUCUCUUUAAAAAAAGAGGCAAUACCAUGUUGUAGUCUGCUAGUUGUCCUUGAAAGUCUUUAAUUUCAACAGCUAAUGUCUCUGCCCUAUAAACAAAAACAAAUUCAUUCAUAAAUACAUAAGCAGAUCGAAAUUAAGAACUUUAUGGAUGGUGUCAUAUUUAAUAAAUUAUGUUCACAAGACUGAAUGACUAUUGAAUUGAUACUCUGUGGUAUGGAUUCCUAAUAAAGAUCUUGCAUGUUUUCACUGCAAAA